AUGCAGACAUUUUAUGGCCGCCUCGUGCUGCCACUUUUGGCAUUGUGGUUCACUAUUCAAUUUGUUUCAGCGAAACAUGCUGUGAUCACACGGCGCUACAAUUUCACUAUCCAAAUGACGAAUGUGACUCGUCUUUGCACCACGAAAGCUCUCUUGACUGUCAACGGGCAAUAUCCGGGGCCUCCAGUAGUUGCUCGAGAAGGAGAUCGCGUGGUUAUCAAAGUAACAAAUAAUGUUAAAAACAAUAUUAGCAUACAUUGGCAUGGAAUUCGGCAGCUUAGAUCUGGAUGGGCGGAUGGUCCUGCUUAUGUCACUCAGUGUCCAAUUCAAACCGGGCAAAGUUAUGUGUACAAGUUUAUUGUCAAAAGGCAGAGAGGAACACUGUGGUGGCAUGCCCACAUCUCAUGGUUGCGAGCAAGCAUACAUGGGCCCAUUAUCAUCUAUCCCAAGAAGAAUGCUUCUUACCCAUUCCCUCGCCCACACCAGGAAGUGCCUAUUGUUUUCGGGGAGUGGUGGAAUGCAGACACUGAGACUGUUAUCAAUCAAGCAAUGCAAAGUGGUGCGCAAGCUAAUGUGUCAGAUGCAUAUACCAUCAACGGGCUCCCUGGACUUAUGUAUAACUGCUCUACCAACGAUACAUUCAGGCUCAAAGUGAACCCUGGGAAAACUUACCUACUGCGUAUAGUUAAUGCUGCACUCAAUAGUGACCUGUUUUUCGCAAUAGCCAACCACACAUUGACUGUGGUAGAAGCGGAUGCUGUGUAUGUCAAGCCUUUUCAAACCAAUGUUAUUCUCAUCACUCCCGGUCAGACUACCAACGUCCUCUUGACAGCUAUGUCUCAGCCACCCAAUGCCACAUUCCUCAUGUUAGCAGGCCCAUUCGCUACGGGAACAGCAGCUUUUGAUAACUCAACCAGUGCUGGAAUUUUAGAGUAUGUAACUUCCAAUGCGACAGCAGUUAAUUCAUCCUCAUCCUCUCUUCCUAUGAUGAAACCGACGCUUCCAGCCCCCAACGAUACCUCCUUUGCCGCCAAUUUUAGCCAAAAGAUGAGAAGCUUGGGCAAUCCGAAAUUUCCUGCAGCAGCUGUCCCUCAGAAGAUGGAUAAACAGUUCCUAUUCACAGUCGGGUUGGGGCUAAAUCCGUGUCCCCAAGGACAGACAUGUCAAGGCCCCAACGGACACCAGCAUUGCGACCUUCGAGAGCCAUCCUCUGCAUCUGCACGGCUUCAACUUCUUCAUAGUGGGUCAGGGAGUGUGGUUCAUGCAUUGUCAUCUCGAGCUGCAUACCAGCUGGGGAUUGAAGAUGGCAGGAAGUAUUGUACGAUUCUAGCAAUGCAGACAUUUUAUGGCCGCCUCGUGCUGCCACUUUUGGCAUUGUGGUUCACUAUUCAAUUUGUUUCAGCGAAACAUGCUGUGAUCACACGGCGCUACAAUUUCACUAUCCAAAUGACGAAUGUGACUCGUCUUUGCACCACGAAAGCUCUCUUGACUGUCAACGGGCAAUAUCCGGGGCCUCCAGUAGUUGCUCGAGAAGGAGAUCGCGUGGUUAUCAAAGUAACAAAUAAUGUUAAAAACAAUAUUAGCAUACAUUGGCAUGGAAUUCGGCAGCUUAGAUCUGGAUGGGCGGAUGGUCCUGCUUAUGUCACUCAGUGUCCAAUUCAAACCGGGCAAAGUUAUGUGUACAAGUUUAUUGUCAAAAGGCAGAGAGGAACACUGUGGUGGCAUGCCCACAUCUCAUGGUUGCGAGCAAGCAUACAUGGGCCCAUUAUCAUCUAUCCCAAGAAGAAUGCUUCUUACCCAUUCCCUCGCCCACACCAGGAAGUGCCUAUUGUUUUCGGGGAGUGGUGGAAUGCAGACACUGAGACUGUUAUCAAUCAAGCAAUGCAAAGUGGUGCGCAAGCUAAUGUGUCAGAUGCAUAUACCAUCAACGGGCUCCCUGGACUUAUGUAUAACUGCUCUACCAACGAUACAUUCAGGCUCAAAGUGAACCCUGGGAAAACUUACCUACUGCGUAUAGUUAAUGCUGCACUCAAUAGUGACCUGUUUUUCGCAAUAGCCAACCACACAUUGACUGUGGUAGAAGCGGAUGCUGUGUAUGUCAAGCCUUUUCAAACCAAUGUUAUUCUCAUCACUCCCGGUCAGACUACCAACGUCCUCUUGACAGCUAUGUCUCAGCCACCCAAUGCCACAUUCCUCAUGUUAGCAGGCCCAUUCGCUACGGGAACAGCAGCUUUUGAUAACUCAACCAGUGCUGGAAUUUUAGAGUAUGUAACUUCCAAUGCGACAGCAGUUAAUUCAUCCUCAUCCUCUCUUCCUAUGAUGAAACCGACGCUUCCAGCCCCCAACGAUACCUCCUUUGCCGCCAAUUUUAGCCAAAAGAUGAGAAGCUUGGGCAAUCCGAAAUUUCCUGCAGCAGCUGUCCCUCAGAAGAUGGAUAAACAGUUCCUAUUCACAGUCGGGUUGGGGCUAAAUCCGUGUCCCCAAGGACAGACAUGUCAAGGCCCCAACGGUACCAAAUUUGCAGCCUCCAUUAACAACAUAUCCUUCAUUCUUCCCACCACCGCUCUUCUUCAAGCAUACUACUUUAAUCAGUCCAAUGGAGUUUACAAUACCACUUUCCCUGACAAUCCGCCAUUUCCUUUCAACUACACCGGCACGCCGCCUAACAACACACAGACCCUCAACGACACCAGAGUCGAAGUGCUUCCCUUUAACACUAGCGUACAGCUAGUUCUGCAGGACACCAGCAUUGCGACCUUCGAGAGCCAUCCUCUGCAUCUGCACGGCUUCAACUUCUUCAUAGUGGGUCAGGGUAUGGGAAACUACAAUGCAAGCACUGACCCAUCUAACUUUAAUCUGGUGGAUCCUCCGGAGAGAAACACAGUUGGAGUUCCCAGUGGAGGUUGGGUGGCUCUCAGAUUCCUAGCUGAUAAUCCAGGAGUGUGGUUCAUGCAUUGUCAUCUCGAGCUGCAUACCAGCUGGGGAUUGAAGAUGGCGUGGGUUGUUUUAAAUGGAAAUGGUGGCAGAUCUCAAUCUCUUCUUCCUCCUCCCAAAGAUCUUCCCCCCUGUUGA